AUGGCGCCCUCGUCCAAAUCUUCGAACAGCGCUCGUGGGACCCCUACACCCUCGCUGACCAAAUCGAACUCGAGCUCCAAGAACCAGACGUCCAUUGCAGGUUUCUUCAAGAAGCAUUGCGAAGAGCCGAAUGCCAAUGGAACGCCAAAGAUCAAUGGCACCUCAUUACCGAUCAACAGCUUCGCACGAAAGACUGCAGUCACCGUAUCCUCGGGAGGGUCGACCCAGAGCAUGACACCUGCUCCAAGCAGCGAUCCUGUCGAAGAUAUCAAAGAAGAGGAAGACGCAAGCGCAAUCAAUCCCAACAGGCAAAGCGCCUCCAAUACUUUGCCCUCGCCAAUCACUCCUGCAAGUGCUCUGAACGAAAUUGAUGGAAACGGGGUCCCUGCUGGCUUCUACAGCCCUUCACGGAAGGCAAAGAAAGCUGUGAAUUACGCCGUCGACCCUGAUUCUGACGAAGACGAGGACGAGGACGACGACGCGUUCAAGCCUACGCGGAAAGGAAGGGCCUCAAAGCGGAGAAAGACAAGCGUCGAGAGUGACGACGAUGUCUUCGUGGGAGAUGGUGCGGCAGAGGAUGAUGUGGUCGAAGAGGAUGACUUCGUGGUAGAUGACGAAUCCGACGAGGUCAUGCCUACAAAAAAGAAGCGAAAGAGGUCUUCUCCCGCUCAGUCUACAUCUCGGCGCGAUGCUGUUUUAGAGUCCAUUGGGAUGGAUGGCGACGAAGAAAUGCCUGCGGUUUCUACUGCUCAGCAGUGGUCUUUUGAUCCCACAGCCGUCCAGCCAUCACAGCUCAGGAAUGCUCUAAUGCGGAAGGCCACACCAAAGAAACCUGAGCCCAAUGCCAACAAGGGAAAAGCCAAGCCAAGCAAAGUCGAACGGCGAUACGAAUGGCUAGAGCCAGCUAAUAUCACCGACAUCGAUAAAAACCGUCCAGAUCAUCCAGAUUACGACCCAAGGACAGUGUACGUACCGAAGUCGGCAUGGAUGGAUUUCACCCCUUUUGAACACCAGUACUGGGAGAUCAAGCAAAAACAUUGGGACACAAUAGUCUUCUUCAAGAAGGGCAAGUUCUACGAGCUCUACGAAAAUGAUGCCACCAUUGGGCAUCAACUCUUCGACUUGAAGCUUACUGAUCGUGUAAACAUGCGCAUGGUCGGCGUACCCGAAGCUUCUCUAGACAUUUGGGCCAAUCAGUUCGUGGUUAAAGGAUAUAAAAUUGCGCGUGUGGACCAGGUCGAAUCUGCUUUGGGCAAAGAGAUGCGAGAGCGAGACAGCGGACAGUGUGGUAAGGCCACGAAGGUAGACGAGAAGAUGAAAAAGAUCAUCAACCGAGAGCUUGCAUGCGUGCUUACAAGCGGCACUCUUGUUGACCCGGGCAUGCUUCAAGACGACAUGUCCACGUACUGCGUGGCCAUAAAGGAGUCGGAGCAAGAGGGACGGCCUGCUUUCGGCAUCGCGUUCGUGGAUACCGCUACCGCUCAAUUCUUCUUGACUGGUUUCGAGGAUGAUGUCGAGAUGACGAAGUUUGAAACGCUCAUCGCGCAGAUAAGGCCUCGUGAAGUCUUGCUUGAGAAGUCUUGUUCAUCCACGAAAGCAUUGAGGAUCUUAAAAAACAGCACUGGGCCAAACACGUCAAUAGUAUCCUUGAAGGCUGGUAAAGAGUUCUGGACAGCGGACACCGCAUGCAGAGAGAUGGAUGCUGCUCGAUACUUCGUGAAUGAUGAUGGAGACAACAUCGAAGCUUGGCCAGAACCUUUGCGGCAGGCCCGAGAGGAACAUGAGUCUGUGAUGUCUGCGUUCGGUGCAUUGGUUCAAUAUCUACGGACUCUGCAGAUUGAGCGUGAUCUUGUGACCCUGGGCAACGUAUCUUGGUAUGAUCCCAUCAGAAGUGCAGGCACCCUUAUCCUGGACGGAAAGACCUUGAUCAAUCUCGAGAUUUUCGCGAAUUCGUUUGACGGCAGUUCGGAGGGCACCUUGUUCAGUCUCUUGAAUCGAUGCAUCACUCCAUUUGGAAAGCGAACGUUCAAACAAUGGGUAUGCCACCCUCUCAUGGACGCUGUAAAGAUCAAUGCACGCCUCGAUGCUGUUGAGUCUCUCAAUGCAGAUACUACUCUCCGGGAUCAAUUUACUUCCCAGCUCUCGAAACUGCCUGAUCUUGAACGAACAAUAUCUCGCAUUCACGCCGGUGUAUGCAAGGCUCAAGACUUUGUGCGAGUCCUCGAUGGUUUCGAGCAGAUCGACUACACAAUAGGCGUCUUGCGCAAUAUGGGCUCGGGCGACGGGAUCAUCGGUCAAUUGGUUACGAGCAUGCCAGACAUGAGAGAACUCCUCAAGUAUUGGAACAAUGCCUUUGACCACGAUAAAGCAAAAGAAGCAGGCCUACUUAUUCCCGAGCGCGGCGUCGAGGAGGACUUCGACGCGAGCCAAGACCGCAUUCAGAGCUUGCUGGCCGAUUUGGAGACUCUACUGAAGAAGACAAGGAAAGAACUGAGAUCCAACGAUAUCGUCUACGCGGACAACGGAAAAGAAAUAUACCAGCUCGAGGUCCCUGUAAAAGUCAAAGGGAUACCGAAAAAUUGGGAUCAAAUGUCCGCAACCCAAAAGGUCAAGCGCUACUACAAUCCUGAGCUCCGAGGUCUCGUCCGCAAACUUCAAGAAGCACAAGAAACGCAUGGCCAAAUCGUCAAAGAGGUAUCUGGCCGCUUCUUCAAGAAGUUUGAUGAAGACUAUGUGACGUGGCUGGCAGCAGUACGAAUUGUGGCACAAUUGGACUGUUUGAUAUGUCUGGCUAAAGCAUCUUCAGCAUUGGGUGAGCCGAGCUGUCGACCUGAGUUUGUUCAUGAUGAAAGGAGCGUGGUCGAUUUUGAAGACCUUCGCCAUCCGUGCAUGCUUCCCAACGUCACAGACUUCAUCCCCAAUGAUGUCAAGCUCGGUGGUGGAAUGCCCAACCUCAACCUGCUGACAGGUGCCAAUGCAGCUGGUAAAUCCACCGUGCUCAGAAUGACCUGCGUUGCCGUUAUCAUGGCCCAAAUCGGCUGCUAUGUCCCCGCCAUAUCUGCUCGCCUUACUCCCGUCGAUAGAAUCAUGUCCCGCCUUGGCGCUCAGGACAAUAUCUUCGCCGCCCAAUCUACCUUCUUCGUUGAGCUUGCAGAAACCAAGAAGAUUCUUUCCGAAGCCACCCCUCGCUCUCUCGUCAUCCUCGACGAACUUGGCCGCGGCACUUCAUCCUACGACGGUGUGGCAGUGGCCCAAGCGGUUCUGCACCAUGUCGCCUCCCACAUUGGCUGUGUUGGCUUCUUCGCUACCCACUACCAUUCUUUAGCCGCUGAAUUCGCCACUCACCCCGAAGUUCGCAACUGCCGCAUGCGUAUACACGUUGACGACGAGAACCGUCGUGUCACCUUCCUUUACAAGCUGGAAGACGGAGUCGCGGAGGGCAGCUUCGGCAUGCAUUGUGCGAGUAUGUGCGGGAUUCCCGAAAAGGUGGUCGGGGAGGCGGAGGUAGCGGCCAAGAAGUGGGAGCAUACCGCUAAGAUCAAGGAGAGUCUAGACGUGGCGAGACAGGGGUGCUGGAUCCCGUUGGGGAUGCAGAGCGAUGUUGCUUGGAUGCUCAGGGAAGAGCUGGAAGAGGCUGUCGGGGCGAGAGGAGUGGAUGUGUUGAGGGAGGCUAUUGAAGGGCUGUAG